AUGAUAGGAAAUGGUAUCGGACGAACAAAGCUUUGCUGCAGCAGGAAAAGGACGAGCAGGCUACUCAACCUGGACCUCAUAUCGAAUCAGAGCGGCAAAGACGAGCAAGGCAUCGUCGAGAGUACAUCAAGAAAUAUUGUCGGGAAAAGAAAGCUCUACAGCGGCAGCAAAAGCAGGAGCAGGAACAAAACGAGCAGGCUGCUCAAGCCGAAUCCCAAUACGAACGCUCAAAGAGUCAAGGACAGACGUGACCCUGCCUUUGGAAUUGGACGCAUUUGGACUGAUUGA